GAAGAUGAUCGGAUGAUUUGAUGAAAAGAAAUAUGAUGGCCCCCAGUCCCAAAUGUGUCGGCCAGGAAUUCGUCAGGCAGUACUACACAAUGCUUAACGAAGCUCCGGAAUAUAUGCACAGGUUCUACAGCCAUGAUUCGAGCUUGAUACAUGGGGGUCUUGAAAAGAUGGAUGAAAGUUAUGUUGUGCACGGACAGACAAACAUUCACAAGAAGAUAAUGUCACUGAACUUUCGGGAUUGUCACGCAAGAAUCAGGCAGGUAGAUAGCCUCGGAACUGUCGAUGAUGCCGUUGUCGUUCAGGUAUCAGGUGAGUUAUCAAAUAAUGGCCAGUUAAUGAGGAAAUUUAUGCAAACAUUCAUCCUCGUGCCACAAUCUCCUAAAAAGUACUAUGUUCAUAAUGACAUUUUCAGGUACCAAGAUGAGGUUUUCAUUGAGGAAGCUCCCACUGUUCAACACAUCCAGCAGAGGACUGAAACCAGCUGCUACCAGACGAGUCCACUGCAGCAACAGUCGCCACUAAAUGGACAGAGUAAUAUUGGCUGCGGACAUCAGCAACUUUUGGUUCAGCAGCAGCAGCAACUACAACAUCAGCAACUUCAACAGCAACAACUUCAGCAACUUUCUCCAUAUCAGCAGCAUCUCAACAAAAUCCCCUCACAGCCUGUCUUCCAAUCUUGCCAACAGGUCGAAAUGUUAAUGUCGCCACCCAUAACGACAGCAGUAACGUCAACGACGACGAUGAUGUUGCAGCAGCAACAGCAGCCACAGUCUCCACACAUGAAAUGUCUUUCUUUAGCUAGUAGUGACAUUUCAAAGGAGUGUAAUUAUAAUGUUAGAUCUCAGACUGAAUAUGAUGGACUGGCUGCUGACAUUAUGACAUCAAUUCCCAUGGCGACAGUAACAAUGGCAUCAUCAACCGCAACGACAACUUUGGUGCUAGCCUCAACCGCGACAGCUACGAUGCUACCAAUGUCGACACCGGCAAUGACUACGUCAUCAUCCGUAGCAUCAACAGUCUCUGAGACCAACAGCAUUGGUCUAGCAACAGCAAUGACAUCAACACGGCUGGGAUCAGUAACUGCAGCAACGACUACAUCAACAUCCCUUGCCAGUCAAGAUAGGAAUAAUGAACACGUCGUCAAAAUUAUCAAGACCACAACAACGUCGCCAUCAUCAACGACACCGACGACAAUUUUAGGGACAUUGCAGCCAACAGCAACAACAACAACACCAAUGAUCUCAGCAACAACAUCAAUGACGGCCGCCACAAUAUCAGCAGUGGCAACUUCAACAGCCUCAAGAGACGAGGAAAUGAAUAGGAAGAACCAUCUGUCCUGGGCCGAACUGGCGAGCAAGAAGAACGAGGAUAUGGAUGUCAUGGAUACUACCACUACUACCACUUUCGUCGCAUACAACAAUCUGAGACAGCAGCAACAACAUUACAACUCAACAGGCAGCAAACAGGAAGGUGCGCCAAUGAUCAAACCGUUGACUGCAGCUACCUCACAUCCAGUGAUGACAUCAACGGUGCCAGUAACCACAACAACAAUUCAGUCUACUGCUCCUUGCACAUUAAUGCCAACGUCAACAAUGACAUCAUCAGCAACAACAACAAUAGCAGCCAAUCAGCAAUUUUUAUCGACUGUUCAUGCAACAGCAGCAGCAGCAACAACAACAACAAUGAUGAUGACGUCAACAACAGCUACAGCAGCAACUUCACAUCACGUGACUCCAACGAGACCGGCUGGAUAUGAUCAGCUGUUUGUUGGAAACCUGCCGAAUGACAUCAGCAAGCAGCAGUUGCAUGACUUUUUCAGCAAGUUUGGAUCCGUGAUUGAAGUGAGGAUCAGUAAGAAGACUGUUCAUAACCGAGAUGUUCCCAAUUUUGGGUUCGUGACGUUUGAGAGUGCUGACGUGGCGUGGAAGGUCCUCCAAUCAAAACCACUCUACCUGGACAAUGGUCAUCGCCUGAACGUCGAGGAGAAGCGAAGUGACCAGACGAGAUCCGGCGGUAACGGGGGGAGUGCCGGGAAGACCAACCCUCCCAUGCAGCAGAUGAGGUACUCCCAGCAGCAGUCACCUCCCGGCAAGGAAUGGUGGGGUGGUCGCAAUAAUAAGUCCACCGGUUAUUCGAGAGGAGGCGGAGGGGGGUCAGGAGCAGGAGGGGGUGGUGGUGGUCAUAGUAAAGGUGGCGGCGGUGUCGGAGGUGGUGGUGGAAGUUACUCGUCGAGCUCGGGUUCAAAUGCAGCAAAGUUCAAAUCUAGUAGUUAGAGGCUUGAGGAGAAGAAAUUGGAAAAUUUCAAGAAUGAGGAUUCUGUUUUUUUUCUGUGUGCGUGCAUGUGUGCGUGCUCGGUUUUUGUUUUCAUGGCGUGUUUUUUUUGUUGUAUUUUUGUUUUAGCAUUCCUUAUUCCUGUGCCUUUGAUUCGAUUUAUUUUUAUUUUUUAUGCCAUUAAUGUUGUUGCUAGUAUUUCGGAUGUCUUUGUUUUCCUACUAACGUUUUUAGGCCAAAUGUUGUUAACUGGUAGCAGUGAUAAUAUACAUUUUAAUGGUAUUUACUCUACAAUUAACCGGUUUUAUGUCUGUGUAUUAUACUGUUUUGUUUGUUUCUGUACGUGUAUGUAUGCGUGCGUGUAUGUGUGUGUAUAUUUUUGUAUGCGUGUGUGUGUUUGUGUGUGUGUGCGUAUUCAUACUAUUUGAUUCUAACUCUUCUAAGAAGUGCAUUGUUAUUUAAAUAUUCGUUUGUUAGUUUUUAUUAGUAUUAUCUAUAUACACAUGGUUAUAUUUGCAUUUAUUAUACAAUAAAUAAUUUGCUCAAAAAACUUGUGAUUGUGCUGUGUAAUAUAAUACGCGCGUAUUUACUGAUUAAUACCUUCAAAUUAAUGUAUAAAUACUUGAAAUACACAUAACACACACGCACAUAACACACACACAUAAAUUAUACACGCGCACACACAUAACACACACACAUAGAAAUUAUACAUAAUGCAAAAACUCAGCUAUCUGAUGUUAUUUUAUCAAACCUUUAUUGGUGAUACCCGUGUUGUUGUUUACUGGCAUUCGAUACUAGGAUAUAUUCAUUCGUAUACAUAUUAAUGUGUGUGUGCGUGCGUGCGUGCAUUUGUAUGUGUGUGCGUGUGUGUGUGUGGGAUAAUUUAAUUUUCAAGUGAGAUUUAACGUGAGAUUUAUCAGUAAUAAUAAAUAAUAUUCUUCUAUUGACUGGAAUUAAUUUCUAUUUUUAUUGAAAUGUCUAGAGAUGUGUUUGUGUGUGUGCGUGCGUGCGUGUGUGUGUGUAGUUUUAUUUUUUUACGUAAUAAUUAACUGCAAAUGGCAAUCUUCAAACUUAUUUAAUCUUAUUUAAUUGCAUAUUAUCUGAAAUAAAUGUUUCACUAUUGACUAAACAGGACUAUGUAUUAGCGCUAAUAAUGUACAAGGGAAAUACCUCUGUGAAAUUG